CCUUCCAUGAACCAUUUGUAGAAAAGAUUAUCGGACUUUUUUUUAGUGUUAACCUAAAUUUUGUGUGUUGAUUGAUCGAUGGAGAAGAUUUACCAGGCAGACUCUAAAUACAACUGACUUGCAAUUUAGAACAAAUCAUAAAAAGACAGAUGUUAUUAAUUGAUAUAAGCUCUGAUCUGGAAUCUCUUCCCCCUUGCACUUGCUCACAUUAGGUCGAUCGGUGCAGGUGAUAGUGUGAGAAAAGAGGCACCACCGCUAAGCAGUUUGCUGCAGCAGAGAGCAAGUUAAUUCAUUUAUUUAACUAUUAUUUCCAUUAUUAUUGAAAGGGGAAUGGAUAGGGCAGAUAAAAUAAAAUAAAAAAUAAGCAGAGCUUCUUCAAAUUAAUCGAGUUUUUCCUGUUAAAAGGAAAAAAAAAAAUGGAAAGAAAUAGCAAGGAAACCAUUUUUGUUUUUUAAGUUAAAGGAGAAAGGGAAGAGAAGAGAGGUGCUAGCUUGCCGCUAAGUUGCACCAGUGAGGAUGGAACGAAUGGCGGAAGGCACGUAAUCCCAACACCACAGUUCACACUCUCUCUUCCUCUUCCUCUCCCACGAGCUGCUGGGCUUCCCUUUCUCUCCUCAUUCGUCGUCUCCUUUUUCUAUCUUCUUUCGUCCCAUCUUCCCCUCUACAUCAUCAAUAUCCUUUCUAUCUCUCUCUACAACAAACCCUCCUCGUCUUCUUCUUCUUCUUCUUCAUCCUCUCUCUCUCUCUCUCUCUCUCUCUCUCUCUGUCUUGUUUUAAUUUGCUCUCGCCUUUCCUGGCGCAGUGAAUUGAACCUUGACAAACACCCAAAACACCGUUUUUUGGAACCCAGCGGGAGGUGGGAUAUUGAAGAGCGGAGGAGGGAAAGUCCAAAAGCAAAUACCGAUCGACGAUCCUGCUGAGAAAUAUUAAUUUCCGACCUGCUGGCCUGGAAGAUGCCAGAAACAACGCCUUCCUCUCCGAGUUAACUAGCUUACGCGCACAAAGGUACACUCGCACCUCACCUCCCCACCCACAGGUUUUCCGCACCCUAAACCAAAACAAACAAAAAAACAGAGAGAGAGAGAAAAACAAAACCAAGAGUCUCUUUGCAGUUGCGCAUGUGGGGGUUUCUCCCAAUCAUCUUCCUUCAUCCAACACUCCAAUUUCCUCAACCCUCCGCUCUCUGGUUUUCCUCUAGGGUUUCUGCCAGCGGAGGAAGAUAGAAGGGAGCGUUUUGUUUAACGUCUGCUAGCUAUCAGCUGGAAAGAAAAAGAAAGAAAAAAACAGAAAGGGUUUGCGAGCGAGGUCGCUUUCUGUUGGGUUUUGGUAAUGUUAUCUCUCUAUCUCCAUACCUAAACCUAAUUUGUGCGGUCGGCCGGGGAGAACACAAACCCUUCCCAGAUGGUUUUUGUUGCUGCUUCCUUCCUUCAUUCAUUCCAUGACUGAUCUCUGAUCUUCUCUCCGUACAAUAAUUUCUAUUUUCUCUAUAUAUAUCUUCACCACUACUCCACUACCACAACUAUCUAUCUGUCUAUCAAAGGAACCUGGAUCUGUUCCCUUCCCUACCACCCUUAUCCCAACCCAACUUGCCAUUUCUUUUCCCUUUUUUUUCCCCCUCUAUUUCCUUGUAAAUUAUUUGCAUUCUGCUCCCCUUUUCUGGUUCGUGUUUCUCUUUGGGGAACCGAUAUGAGGCACUAUUCAUCAAGCCUGCAUGGGGAAGAAGAUGAUGAUCCUCUCAUCCAUCACCAACAACAACAAGAAACCCAUCAUCAGAUCUGGGAUCCUGAGGCCGCCCAGGUCGACGCUCUCCUCGACGACUCCAUUUUCUACACCGGCGGAGGCGCUGACUUCCCACCGCUCCUUCCGGACUUCCCUUGCAUGUCCUCCUCCUCCUCGUCUUCCUCCACUCCGGCCCCGCUCAAGACCACCGCCACCAUGAGCUGCUCCUCCUCAUCCUCCGCCUCCUCCUCCGCGGCAUCCUGGGCCGCCUUGAGGUCCGACGCAGACCACGACAACAGCCGGAGCUACUACAACAAGGACCACCAAGUUGUGAACCACCAGAUCGAGAUUGAGAUGGCCAGCAACAACAACGACAACAACGAUAGCAACUGCUGCUACGACUACCACCAUCUCAACAACAACAACACCGAUCUGCAGGUCGAUACUCCUUCCGGUGGUGGAGCUCUGUCCUCCACCGCCUCGAUGGAGGUGGCUCAUCACGCUGCGGCGCCUCCUCCUCCGUCCGAGCAAGGAGUGGACUGUUGCAUGGACGUGAUGGAUGAGUUGGGGUACAUGGAUCUCCUCGACACCAACGAUUUCUUCGAUCCGUCCUCCAUCUUCCAAGGUGACCACCAGAACCUCCUCCUCCUCCCCGACGAUUUCCAACCCCAGCAUCCUGAUCAUGAACAACAAGGGAUGAUGACGAUGAUGAUGACGACGGAUAACGAUAAUCCGAACAACAACAACAACGGCGACGAGACCACCACCACCGCCGCCGCGACGCAGUUACUCCAGUCGGCCGCAGAGGGAGCGGAGGAGGAGGAGGAGGACUUGGGGUCGGUGUUUCUGGAGUGGCUCAAGAACAACAAGGAGAACGUGUCGGCCGAAGACCUGAGGAGGGUGAAGAUCAAGAAAUCGACGAUCGACUCCGCUGCCAGGCGCUUGGGCGGUGGGAGGGAAGCCAUGAAGCAGCUCGUCAAGCUGGUGCUCGAGUGGGUGCAGACCAAUCACCUCCAACGCCGCACCACCACCGCCGCUGCUGCUGACGUGUCCGCAAGUUCCGAUCCCGUACCUCCACCCCCGAGUUACACCAACCAGCAGGUGUACCAAUUAGUUCAAGAACCAAGCCCAGAUCCGAACCCGAUUCAGGGCCCAUGGGUUGGGCCUCCAGUACCUCAGUACCCGGAUCUGGCUGCAGGAGUCUCGGUCGGGUAUCCACCGAAUAUCGGGUACGGAGCGGGCGACCCGUUUGCAAGGCGGACGGGUUCGAAUUUCGGUGCUUACCCGGCUGCUGAUUAUAAUCAGGUAAUUGAGCCGGCUCCGUCGUGGCCGGGUUCCCAAUUCGCUAUGUUUCCGGCCGCGGAGAGUCAACUCGGGUCGGGGCAGCUGCAUGCGUUUCCCGGGUACCCGUAUCUUCCAGCGCAGCAGAUGGGACUGGGAGGAGGAGAUAAUAGUAAUACCCUGGUGAGGAUGGGUUCUUCUGCUACGAAGGAGGCGAGGAAGAAGAGGAUGGCAAGGCAGAGGAGGUUUCUGUCGCACCACCACCGCAAUCAUCAUCAUCACCAGAGUCAGCAUCAAGCCGCCGGUGGAGGCCAGCACCACGGCGGCUUCGUUGAGCAUCAGGUGGGCGCAACAUCGCAGCAGCAGCAGCAUCAGCAGGGGAAUUUGGUCUACUGGCCACCGGCGCACCAGGGCAGCAGUGGCCUCGUGGCGGCGGCAUCUGGCCCAGCUCCGGCCGAUGGAUCGGCGGUGCAAAACGCGGAUCGGCCGGCCAUGCAGAAUCAGAAUACACAGAGGCAGGGUGGAGGGGCGUCUGAGAAACGACAGGGAUGGAAGCCAGAGAAGAACUUGAGGUUUCUGUUGCAGAAGGUGCUGAAGCAGAGUGAUGUUGGCAACCUUGGCAGGAUAGUUUUACCCAAGAAGGAAGCUGAGACCCAUCUGCCUGAACUGGAGGCAAGGGACGGAAUCUCGAUCGCCAUGGAAGAUAUCGUGACUUCUCGAGUAUGGAACAUGCGCUACAGAUUCUGGCCCAACAACAAAAGCAGGAUGUAUCUCCUUGAAAACACAGGAGAUUUCGUGAGAGCCAACGGACUGCAGGAAGGCGAUUUCAUAGUCAUCUACUCCGACCUAAAAUGUGGCAAAUACUUGAUACGAGGAGUGAAGGUGAGGCAGUCGGGGUUCAAACCGGAGAGCAAGAAGGCGACUGGCAAAUCUCAGAAAAACGGCCAUGCAAAUUCUCCAUCCCAAGCAGCAGCAGCAGCAGCAGCAGCUAACGCUUUACCCAUGGAUCAGUCUUAGCAGCAUCAGACGGUGAAGUAAAUAAAGCCAAUAAAAUAACCUUUGUUGAUGUAUACAGAUAAAGCCAACUUUCUGGUAUCCGCAGCCUGACAGACCUCUAACAACCGCUCUCUCUCUCUCUCUCUCCUUCAUGCGCAAAACAUAGGUUAGCGAGCCGAGAAAAAAAAAUGGAUGGUGAUUGCCUGAUUGGGCCAUUUUCAAAAGUUGGCCAAACAUUUCGCCUCUGUUUUGGUUGUUUCUGAGUCACAGAACAGAAGUUUGUGUUAUGUGUGUACAUAUAAAAAUAUAUAUAUAUCAUUCGAAGGAGAGAUGACGAUGCUGUAAUAUGUCGACGCUGGCUUCAACUGGCUCUCCUUGGAGGUGGAGACUUAUUUAUUAGUGUAUCUCAUGUGAUUUUGGGAAUUGUAGUUAGUUGGGUUGUGAUGGGAGGCUCUUGAGACCAAUAAGAGAAGCAUAUGGAA